GUCUCUCAGACGCUCGAGUCAACACAUUUCUUGAAUUUUUUAAAUAUUUUCUUAAACAUUGCCAACAUAUUUCGAUUAAAUUUAUUUCAAUGAGAAAUAAACAUGAAUUACUUACCAGGAACUGCAAGUUUAAUUGAAGAAAUUGACAAGAAAUUGCUGGUUGUAUUGAGAGAUGGGCGAACAUUGAUUGGAAUUUUGCGCAGCAUUGAUCAGUUUGCUAACUUGGUACUACAUCGCACAAUUGAGCGGAUCCAUGUUGGCAAAAAGUAUGGAGACAUUCCAAGAGGAAUCUUCAUUGUGCGCGGAGAAAAUGUUGUUCUGCUGGGAGAAGUGGAUGUAGAAAAUGAAGGCAAUCUGCCAUUAGAGGAGGUACCGAUAGAUGAAAUUCUAGAGAUGCAACGAGAGGAACAAAUUACAAAACAAGCAGAAGAGGACCGAAAGAAAAAGGCCUUGAUCGAUCGUGGGAUGCAACCAACGGAAUAUACGGAUGAUAUGUACUGACAAAUGUUUUGGACUCUGAGUAAACUGUUAUUGGGUAUUAAUAAGUUUGAUAGUGCUCACUUGGUGGCACUGCAUUCAGAAACAGGCGGGAUGGAGUUGAUUUGUCAAGAGCUACUUACCCUCACCAUUGGGUUAUACACUAUUAUUCAGACUACUUUUCGUAGCUAUGGGAAUAUUUAUACCUGUGAAUUGAAGCUAUGUUUUAUUAUUACAACAAGUGUGAAGUUUUUACAUUUGAGGAGAUAUGGUUAGUGUUAUGUAAAUUAAUCAAUAGUGAGGAUUGAAAGACCUCGCUUGAUUUUUUUAUUUAAAAAAGAUUUAUUCAUAGACCUGAUUAUAGAGAAAAACACAUGAUUAACACAAUGUAUGGUGAGGAAUAAGCAAUGAAAACAAUUUGUUAUAUUUUCAAUCAUUUACUACAUAAUUAAAGACCGUGGAUGUUUUGGGGAAUUUCUUGCUACAGUUAAAUGUUGACCCCAGUAGAAUACACUUGGGGUCUUUAUAGUAGAUGAAUAUUUGGAAUCUAUUCAAUUCUUACUUUUGAUUUCUAUUGGUUACAGAAUUUUUUGCAAGUUUUCUUGUUUCAUGAUAACAGGUAUGUCUUUGAUGAAUUGAGCCUUUGAAAAUAAAUGAACCUUUGUUUGCAGCAAACUUUGUAGACACUUAAGUUUAAACAUAGGUCAAGAGUUAUAAUCUAAAUUGUUCAUAUAUACUCUGUGCAUUUACAGAAAUUUUGCUCGCAGCUUCAGACUGUAUGUGCUUUAAUAUUGUGCUAUAUCUUGCAAGAUUUUACAUUUUGUUAUAUAAAUAACAUUGCUGCAACACAUGAUUUUGUAUUAAAAUCCUAUUUGUUAGAAAUAAAAUUUUGAUGACAAAUCUGU